GAUGAAAUUUGGAGUUAUUCUUUUCUUUGAUUCUACGUCGAGAAUUAGGGCACAGGAUUGGAGGAGGAAGAACGUGAGGCUGAACGGAGGAACGUAGACUACGAACAGGAAUGACUGGCGUCCAAGAGAUAAUGCCGAAGAAAGCGAAGGCUACAAUGAUCGAGACCUUGAUGAAGAACCAACCAAACACUUUCAGAUCCAUCUUUCAGCGCAAGAAAUCGAAGAAUGAUGAAGAUUCAUCCCCUACCGAUUCUCCUAAAUCCAUCCCUCAACUCUCUCCCUUCGCAAAUUCUGUUGUCGCUCGUUGCUCCAAGAUUCUUCAAAUUUCCACUGAAGAAAUGCAACAACUUUUUGAUUCAGAGUUACCUGGAGUUAAUAAGGAACCCGAAACUUAUUCUAGAAGUUUGUUGGAAUUUUGCUCAUACCAAACAUUGUAUUCAAUGAGUAAACGUCCAGAUUAUUUAAGCAACAAGGAUUUCCGUCGCUUGGCAUAUGACAUCAUGCUUGCUUGGGAGUGCCCUGGUAGUGAAAGCGAACCACUACCGCAAGAAACUGCUUCUUGCAGUAAUGAGGAAGUAGAGGAUAAGGAAGAGUGGUCACUAUUUUAUUCGAAUUCUACAAACAUGGCUGUUCAGUUUGAUGACAAGAAAACUGUUGGACCAGAAGCUUUUGCACGGAUAGCUCCUGCUUGCACUGCUCUUGCAGAUAUCAUAACUGUUCACAAUCUUUUUGAUUCACUUACGAGUUCUUCAGGUCGUCGACUCCAUUAUCUUGUCUUCGACAAAUAUAUAAGAAGUCUUGACAAGAUUAUUAAGGCAACUAAAAAUGCAUUGCACCCAUCAACUGGAAAUCUUCUUCUUUCUGAAGGAGAAAUUGUCCUUGAAGUUGAUGGUACAGUACCCACUCAACCAGUUCUUCAGCAUAUUGGCAUUUCUGCAUGGCCUGGGAGGUUGACAUUGACCAGUCAUGCCUUGUACUUUGAGUCAUUGGGUGUUGGUUUAUAUGACAAAGCUGUUAGAUAUGAUCUGGAAGCAGAUACAAAGCAGAGAAUAAAACCUGAACUUACAGGACCUUUGGGUGCUCGUCUCUUUGAUAAAGCUGUUAUGUACAAGUCAACAUCUGUGACAGAACCUGUUUAUUUAGAGUUUCCUGAAUUCAAAGGCAGUUCUCGGCGGGAUUAUUGGCUGGAUAUCUGUCUUGAGAUCCUGCGAGCACAUAAGUUUAUCAGGAAAAACAAUCUUAAUGAAACUCAGAAAUCCGAAGUCCUUGCAAGGGCAGUUUUUGGCAUUUUCAGAAUUCGCGCAAUUAGAGAAGCUUUUCAUGUUUUUUCAUCACAUUACAGAACUGUACUCACUUUUAAUCUGGCAGAAAGCCUUCCUGGGGGAGAUUCAAUUUUAGAAACUCUCUUGAGUCGAUUGCUGAUGAUAAAUAUAGAUGGUAUUCAGCGUGAUGCUUCUGGGAGCCCACCUGCAAAGCAGCAACGACAAUCGUUUCCAAUUUUUCUUCUGGCACUAAGUCAACUUGGAUUCACCUUACAGAAAGAGAUAGCUUAUGAAGGCGACGCAGUUUUAGUUGGAGAUAUUUGGGCGGGUGAGACAAAUCCCUUGGAAAUUGUUGUGAGACAAUCAAUAUCAGAUUCAGGCAGGGCUGAGGCUGCACAAGCUACUGUUGACCAAGUGAAAGUGGAGGGUAUUGAUACAAAUCUUGCAGUAAUGAAGGAACUGUUGUUUCCAUUUCUCGAAUUGGUUAGACAUAUUCAGAUUUUGGCCUCAUGGGAAGACACUAAGAAAUCAACAGCUUUUCUACUGUUGUUCUGCUAUGCUAUUAUAAGGAAUUGGACAAGGUUUAUUGUGCCUUGCAUUCUAGUAUUUCUUGCGGUUCUUAUGCUUUGUCGCAGGCAGUUUGGCAAAAGCAAGCCACUAGAACCUUUCAGGAUCACAUCACCCCCCAAUCGAAAUGCUGUAGAACAGCUGCUGACCUUGCAAGAAGUCAUCACUCAAGUUGAAGCUUUGAUUCAAGAUGGGAAUAUUUUUCUCCUAAAAAUAAGAGCCCUCUUAUUUGCCGUACUUCCGCAGGCGACAGACAUGGUUGCGCUACUGCUCGUUUUUGCAGCUUUAGUUUUUGCAUUUCUUCCAUUUAAGUACAUAGUUAUGUUAGCAUUAGUCGAGGCGUAUACGAGGGAAAUGCCAUACAGGAAGGAAACCAGUAACAAAUGGAUUAGGCGAGCAAGAGAAUGGUGGAUUAGAAUACCAGCAGCUCCUGUUCAGCUUGUUAAACAUGAUGAUAACAAGAAAAAGAAAUCAUAAAAUCAGUUGAUGGCUCUAGAUUCUGUAUAUCGUCUCUCACAUUUAAGGUACAUUUGUGUGUGUAUGUGUAUAUAUAUUCACAUUAACGUCUAGAGAAAUCUACAUUUCCUUAUAUUUUCAGUGGUAAAGUAUCUCUCAUGCACAAGGGGGAACUAGGUAAGCUGGAUGAGAAUUUAUACAAUGACUAACUUUGAACUCAA